AUGGUCAGAUUCGGAAUGAUGGAGCGCGAUCUGGACAUCUACAAAAGUGGUUUUGAAGGAGAAGAUCUGGAGGAAGAAAUCCACUCUUCGGAUGACGAAAAAGAUAAGAAGACAGCUUUGCUGAAUGAUGUGGGCUAUGGAAAUAUGGAAAUGGCUGAGGGUGCGCUGGAGUUGCAAAUGCGAGCUGUGCAGAGUGGAGCUUGUGAGAAGCUUGCUUGGCGUGCUGCUGAAAUCCGGGAACAUUUUCGAUUAUUGUACAAAAAUGAGGGAAAACUUCUGCUCAAGCUGUUUCCCAUGCUUAAUGAUGAAGGCGUGGGUUACUUUACUGCUGGUGGUUUAUGCCCUCUUGAUGGUCUUUUUUGUGAACUGAUUAUGGUUCCUCCCACCAAAUUUCGACCCAUAAGGCUUUUCAAAGGCGAGCGCUACGAGAACCCACAGUCAGUAAAUUUACGAAGAGUUUUGGAAGCGACGGAGACCAUAAAGGAACUUGAUAAAAAUGACCAGAAUAAAAUUCCCGGCAUAAAACAAAUUCUGGAGAAGAAGCAAGGCCUCUUUCGAAUGAACAUGAUGGGAAAACGUGUAAAUUUUGCGUGCAGGUCUGUAAUCACUCCUGAUCCUUACUUGGAUAUAGAUGAGAUUGGAAUUCCUGAAAUUUUUGCAAAGAAGCUGACAUUCACGGAGCCAGUUAAUAUCUUCAAUAAGGAGCAAAUGAGGAGGCUUGUCUGUAAUGGUCCGAAUGUGCACCCUGGCGCUAACUAUAUAGUCAGCAGUUCAAAUAAAAAGCAGAUGCUUGGGGGCAUGUUUCCGGGAUUUUCGUCAGAAGAGGAGGAUCGACGAAAA